ACCCCCACGUCCCCGCGCCUGACCCUAGCAGCCCCCGCCCCGCGCCCCCAAGCCGGACCCGCCGGAGGAGGAGGAGAAUGUCCUUCCAAGGCAAGAAGAGCAUCCCCCGGAUCACGAGCGACCGCCUUCUGAUCCGAGGCGGGAAGGUCGUGAACGACGACCAGUCCUUUCACGCCGACCUCUACGUGGAGGACGGGCUGAUAAAACAGAUCGGAGAGAACCUCGUCGUGCCCGGGGGCGUCCGGACCGUCGACGCCCACGGCCUGCUGGUCCUUCCGGGGGGCGUGGACGUGCACACGAGGCUGCACAUGCCCGUCCUGGGCAUGACCCCGGCCGACGACUUCUGCCAGGGCACCAAGGCGGCCCUGGCGGGAGGGACCACCAUGAUCCUGGACCACGUGUUCCCCGACGUGGGGGUGAGCCUGCUGGCGGCCUACGAGCAGUGGCGGGAGCUGGCGGACCGCGGGGCGUGCUGCGACUACUCCCUGCACGUGGACGUGCCCCGCUGGCAGGAGAGCGCCCGGGAGGAGCUGGAGGCCCUGGUCAAGGACAAGGGCGUGAACUCCUUCCUGGUCUUCAUGGCGUACAAGGACAGGUGCCAGUGCACCGACGGCCAGAUGUACGAGAUCUUCAGCAUCAUCCGGGACCUGGGGGCCCUGGCGCAAGUGCACGCGGAGAACGGGGACAUCGUGGAGGAGGAGCAGAAGCGGCUGCUGGAGCUCGGCGUCACCGGCCCCGAGGGCCACGCGCUCAGCCGCCCCGAGGAGGUGGAGGCCGAGGCGGUGUUCCGAGCCGUCACCAUCGCCAAGCAGGCCAGCUGCCCCCUGUACGUCACCAAGGUGAUGAGCAAGGCCGCCGCCGACGUGGUGGCCCGGGCCAAGCGCAAGGGGCUGGUCGUGUUUGGGGAGCCCACCACCGCCAGCCUGGGCGCCGACGGCUCACACUACUGGAGCAAGAACUGGGCAAAGGCCGCGGCCUUCGUGACGUCGCCCCCGAUCAGCCCGGACGCCACCACUGCCGACCACCUCGCCGCCCUGCUGUCCAGCGGGGACCUCCAGGUGACCGGCAGCGCCCACUGCACCUUCACCACCGCCCAGAAGGCUGUCGGCAAAGACAACUUCACCCUCAUCCCCGAGGGCACCAACGGCGUGGAGGAGCGCAUGUCCGUGGUCUGGGAGAAGUGUGUGGCCUCGGGGAAGAUGGAUGAGAAUGAGUUCGUCGCUGUGACCAGCACGAAUGCAGCCAAAAUCUUCAACUUCUACCCGAGGAAGGGGCGGGUGGCUGUGGGCUCCGACGCCGACCUGGUUCUGUGGAACCCCAAGGCCACAAAGAUCAUCUCUGCCAAGAGCCACAACCUGAACGUGGAGUACAACAUCUUUGAAGGCGUCGAGUGCCGCGGGGCGCCCGCCGUGGUCAUCAGCCAGGGCAGGGUGGUCCUGGAGGACGGGCAGCUGUGCGUCACCCCCGGGGCCGGACGCUUCAUCCCCCGGAAGACGUUCCCGGACUUCGUCUACAAGAGGAUCAAGGCGCGCAACCGGCUGGCUGAGAUCCAUGGCGUGCCCCGGGGUCUCUACGACGGGCCGGUCCACGAGGUGAUGGUGCCCGCCAAGCCUGGGGGCGGCGCCCAGGCCCGCGGGUCCUGCCCAGGGAAGGUCUCCGUGCCGCCCGUGCGGAACCUGCACCAGUCGGGCUUCAGCUUGUCUGGGUCUCAGGCCGACGACCACAUCGCCCGGCGCACGGCGCAGAAGAUCAUGGCGCCCCCCGGCGGGCGCUCCAACAUCACCUCGCUGUCCUAGGCGCCGGGCCAGCUCCGGGCGGAGCACGUGGGUGGGCGCCGUCCCCACUGGGUGGGGUGGGCCGGGCUCACCCGCUAGCUUUCCCUUGGUCAAACCGACUCUGAAAGGUGCUGGGCCUCCCCUCCCUUCUCCGGGAAUGCUCCUUCGGGGGCCCCGGGGCCGCUAUAAGAGCUUCGUCCAGGGAGGGGUCACUGCCAGGGGCAGCUCCCGUCUUUGCCCCGGCCUGAGUGCUGGGUGCCCCGUGUAGGCGCGGCUGCUGCCCCAUCCCUACCCCGGGGUGGUGGGGCCCCGGGGCCUCACCACACACAGGUGUCAGCCACUGCCCCUCAGAGCCCCAGCUCUGCCACCGGGCUCCCUGCAGAGCUUCAGCCUGUGCCCCACCCCCUGCCCUCCUGGGCACGAGGAGCGGCGGCGCCCCGUGAGCUGGGCCCCAUCGGGGUCGCUGUGACUUCAGGGACCCACAGGGAACAGAGCCAGGCCCAGCCUUGCCGCCGCGGCUGCACGCCCUCCCCCGGAGGACCACACCCAGGCCUCCCUAGUCGCAGGCCCCAGGGCGGAGUAGGACCGUAGCUAGGACGCCCCCUGCCGUCGCAGGCCGUGCGUCGCCGUAGUCGAGUAGAGCAGCAGUUCCAUGCGGUGGGGACCGCCGCAGCCAGGACCCUGCAUGCCACCCCAGCCGGGACCCCAGCUCCGUCGCCGGUCUGCUGGGGGCUGGCCCGAUUAA